AUGGCAGAGGCAUCAUCAACAAGUCAACACAAAUAUCUCGAUGAUUUCUAUCAAAGUGUUCUAUCAAAAGAACCAGCUGUUCGAUUAGAAUGUUUUCCUUCGCUUGAAAAUUAUUUAUCUGAUGUAAAUACAUCACUUGAAUGUGGAGAUCUGACUGGUUUCAUUGAUGGUUUAUAUAGAUGGAUUGAAGGCAGUAAUGCUCGAAUUGCUGGUAAUGGUCUUCGAAUAUUGGAAUUAUUUCUUGAUCGAUUAGAUUCAAACGAAUUCGCAUCCUAUCUCGAUAAAGUCGUAUCAAUAACAGUUGAUCGAUUGGGCGAUGCCAAAGAUCAAGUUCGAGAAACUGCAUCUAACCUCCUUAUGAAAUUAAUGGUGUCAUAUGCUCCACAACGUAUAUGGGAUUUAAUGCAGCCCUUAUCAUUUGAUCAUAAACAAUAUCGUGUUAAAGAUGAAAGUCAACGUUUGUUAAUAAGAUCAUUAAACGAGUUUGGAUCAUCAACAAUUCAACUUAAUAAACUAGUGCCACUUAUUUGUAAACUGAUAUCGGAUUCAAAUGGAACUGUUCGUCAACAAGCAACUGAUACUCUUGUUGAAAUUUAUCGUCAUGUUGGAGAAAAAGUUCGUGGUGACAUUGCUAAAAGAGACAUACCUGAAGCCAAAUUAAAACAGCUUUAUGAAAAAUUUGAUGAUGUUCUUGCAAGUGGUCGAAUGAUUACUAAAGCAGCUGAUUUAACAGAUGAUGCACGAGCACAAUCAGCAGCGAAAUCUCGGCGUGGUUCUGACAGUAGUACCGUAUCAUCUCGUUCAAGACCCAGCAGUAGCAUUCCAACACGUACAACGACAACUUCGUUGAGUUCAGCAGCUGCUGCAAGCGGAGCGGUCGAUGAAGCAAUUUUCGAAGAUGCAUUCAAUUCAUCUGUUGAUAUUAUGUUUUCAUCAGGCAAAGAUGUUGAAAAUCAAUUAUUAAAUAUUCGCGAUACACUUGCUGAUACUAAUAAUGAUUGGGAAAAACGAGUUGAUGCACUCAAACGAUUACGUUCAUUAGUAUCCAGUGGCGGUGAUCAAUACGAUGAAUUUUUUCGUAAUCUUCGUCAACUUGAUUUACCUUUAGCGACAACUGUCAGAGAUUUACGUUCACAAAUAGUUCGUGAAGCUUGUAUUACAUUAGCUUAUAUGUCAGUUCGAUUAACAAACCGUUUUGAACGUACAGCUGAAGGCGUUAUACCUGUUAUGAUUAAUCUCUUACAAAAUAGUGCUAAGAUUAUUGCAACAAGCGGUAGUGUUGGUAUGCGUUAUAUUGUUACAAAUACACAAUCAAGCAAACUUGCCCCACUUAUAUUAGCUGGCAUUGAAUCAAAAUCUAAAGAAAUUCGAAGACAAACAUAUGAAUUAUUAGUAAUCAUGCUUUCAAAUUGGGAUUUCAGUUUUCUGGAAAAACAUGGACAAUUGAUUCACAAUGGUAUAAAAAAAGGUUUAUCUGAUGCUGAUGGUGAAGCAAGAAUAAAUGCAAGAAAAGCAUUUGGAUUUUUUCGUGAACAUUUCCCUGCAUUAGCUGAUGCGCUUCUUGCAUCAAUCGAUGCAUCGAAAAAGAAAGCAUUACUGGGCGAAAUGAGUAAUGCAUCAAGUACACAAUCAUUAGCAAGCGUAGGUAGUUCAAGAAUGCGCACUGCAAAAGACGCUCCGCCAAGACAAGUUCGAACUGGAAUUAGUGACAAACAAAAUACAUCAGCUAGUAUAUCUCGAUCGUCAAGUGCCAAUGAGCUUGCCAUGAGACAGAAACAUGCAGCAUCAAAAACAUUAAGUAGUUUAAAUACAUCUUCCAGUCAACCGAAAACUAAUCGGCAUGAGCUUCUUCUUCAAUCUUCAAAAACUACUAAAACCUCGUCAGUAACACCAACCUCAUCAAAAAUUGCCUCUCAAUCUCAACCUGGCAGUCGUUCAACAUCACCUCAUUCAUUCCGAUCAUCCCACCACUUAGCAUCGUCAUUACGCACACCAACAAAUGCUCGUUCCCGAAUACCGACCGGUUCAAAUGGUGGCUCACGGAUAUCAAGUCGUGAGUCAAGUCCAAGCCGACCACGAUCAUAUGGAUAUCGAGGACCAGGCAGUGAUUAUGGCGGUCGUAUGGGAAGUUCGCUGCAUGGUGAUAGUGGUGACGAUGCGUCAGAAACAUCUAGUAUAUGUUCAGAAAGAGCAUAUGAGGAUAUUCCUGAUGUUUUACGUCGAAUCUCUAGCAAUGAAUGGGCUGAGCGAAAAGAAGGUCUCGCUAGUUUAUAUCAUAUGGUUCGAUCAGGCCGUGUACUCAAUCCUCCCGAAUUAAAACUUCUAACAGAAUUAUUAACAAAACGUUUUUAUGAUCCAAAUUCACAAGUAUUCGCAGCAUUUCUUGAUGUCUUACCAGAUUUUAUUAUAGCAUAUAAACGUGAAUUGAAUGAUUGGCUUUAUGUUUUAUUAACACGUUUAUUAAUUCGUUUGGGUUCAUCUGAUAUACUUGAUUCUGUUUUUAAAAAAUUGAAACAAUGCUUAUCUAUUGUCAAUUCAUCAUUCGAUGUUCAUGCGCAGUUUGUUGCUCUUAUUCGUUUUAUCAACGAUAAUUCAUCGGCACCAUCAAUUAAGGUUAAAGAAAUUAUGUUACGUUAUUUUCAACAAAUAAUACAACAUAUGGAACCUGUUGAUAUAACGAAUAAUACAGAUAUUCGAAUCACUUUAUCGAAAAUUAUCAAUUGGUCUGGUGAACCGAAGAGUGCUGAAAUGAGAAAAGCUGCACAAGCUGUUAUUCUUGCUCUACAUAAUCUUAAUCGGCCAGAAUUCAAUUUAAUGCUUAUGGCUUUACCACAAAAUUGCCAAGAUGUGGUUGCCAAAGUUAUUCGAUCAGCUAAUGACAUGCAAUCAUCUACGUAUUCUCAACUUGAUAAUAAAUAUGAUUUUUUUCAAAGAUCAAGUUUAUCUGGAUUGACAUCUCCAAUGACAACUUCAAUACAUUCAGAAGUUCAAAGUCCAUCUUAUGCAUCUGACAUGCGCAUUUUAAUGGAAAACAUGCAAGCUUUAAAUGUAAACAAUCACCAAGAAGAUCUACUCAUCAAUUCAGCAUCGCUAAAAGAUAAAGAACAUCGUUCAAUGAUUCCCGUUCGACCUUAUAUGUCAAAAUCUUAUCGUUCAAAUUCAUCACAAAAUCAAAUGACUGAAUCAUCGGAUGGUAUCUACGAAACACCUGAUCGUCCAGCAGCAAUAAAUAUAGCGCUCAAUCUAGCAAAUACACUAACCUUGCCAAAAGAACAACGGCAACAUGGAUUACGUUGUGUAUUAAAAUUUGCAAAAUUAAACGAUCCAGAAACAUGGGACUUAGCAUUUAGUAAAACAUUGAAUACUUUAACACAAAUUCUGGAUAAUACACAAGAUGAGGUUAUUUUUAAAGUUUACAGUCUUCGUAUUAUACGUGAAUUAUUAAUUCAUCAUACAAAUUUAUUUAUGAAUUAUAUUGAAUUAACUAUAUUUCGAAUUUUAAAAGCGCAGAGCGAAAAUGAAAGUGACAUAAUACGUGCAGCUGAACAAGCAGCUCAAGCGGCAGCCGAAUAUUUACCUGCUGAAUCCAAUGUUCGUGUACUUAAACCAAUCAUUGAGCAAGCAAAAUAUCCCAUGAAUCAAUCAGCAAUAGCAAUGUUGCAAAAAGCAAUUGAAUUUAUGAAUAAAGAAGCAUGUUUAGAUUUAAUGUCUGAAAUGAUUCCACCACUUUUAUCGUCGUGGGAUCAUGAAACAUCAAGCGUACGAAAAGCGGCAGUUUUUUGUUUGGUCGCAAUUUAUAUGGUUGUUGGUGAUGCUCUUCGUAUUCAUUUACAUAAAUUAAGCCCAAGCAAGGUCAAGUUAUUGAAUGUCUAUAUUUCCAAAGCUCAGCAACAAACAGCUUCAGCUAUAAACAAACCAGAAGAAGUAGCUGCAACAAAUGGAACUAAUCAUACGACUUCCUACGAAGUUCGAUCUAUUGCCAACAUGAAGAUAUCUAUCUUUUUAUUCGUCCUACUCAUUGUCUUGAUACAAACGUAUCUACCAGAAGCUAAACUAACGGAAAGUUUCUCGAACAGUGACGACGUUAAACACGUUUUAAACAAACGUAUAAAUGGACUAUGGGGAAAACGUUUGAAUAAUUUAUGGGGAAAACGAUCUGAAAGUGAAAGUGAUGAAGUAUAUCAACAUCUUCUUCGAGAAUUUUAUGAUCAUCAACAUCGCAAUCCAAAUAGAUAUCCUCAAUAUGCAGCUGACAGUAUUUUAUAUCCGCAUCCCCUUAAAAAAUUAUAUGCGCAGCGUACAAGAUUCAAUGAUGACAAUGAAGAUACAGCGGAGAAUAUGUCAUAA